GUGCGGCUUUAAUAUGAAAUCGCCGACGCGCUUUCAUCCAAUUCACCAGCGUUGAACGUUGGUCUCUUGCACCGCGUCGACGAGGAUCCUUUGCUCGUCCCUCACGUUCGAGAAUUGCGCAAUUUUUGAACUCUGCUCGCGGGAUUCCCAUGGAAACCGAGUCGCAAGAAUCCGGGCAAGUGAUGAACGUAGAGAAAGCGGACGACUGCAACAUGGAGGAGAAUGUAGCUCCGAGUUGCGGACGGGAGGUGGAAUUCCUCUUUCCCGUCUGCCCGCAAGUACCCUCUAAUCUGAAAGAAUUUGUGGCUGUACCAAAUCCAACCGUGGCGAAUUCAGACGAGAAUCAGAAAUCGCCUGCCAUAAUUGGCGCAAACGUACCUUGUAUGACGGAAGAAAACUUGGCCAAGCGAAAGCGGGAAGAAAUGAAUGCUGUUCAGAAUCCCACGUUAUCUGAGGUCGAAAUUGAGGACCCGCUGUUUGCUACCCGAACAAAGAAAAGGCAGCGGACCGUUGAAAAGCCUAAGAAAGUGAAUGGCAUUGUGAAGAAAGUGAUCAGGAAAUCCUCGACUGUACUGGAGGCUGAAGAAGAUCCUUCCCUUGUUAAAGAUCCUGAAGGAAAAGCUCGGAGAUACCAGCUUGAGGUUCUGGUGGAAGCGCAGAAAAGAAACACUAUCGUUUACUUGGAAACUGGAUGCGGCAAGACGCUCAUAGCCGUCUUGCUCAUGAAGUCGCUGGCGCAGAAGCUGCGCAUUCCCGAGAAGAAAAAAGUGGCAGUUUUCCUUGCUCCAACUGUACACCUGGUUAGACAGCAAUCAAGCGUGAUCAAUCUACACACUGACUUGCGAGUAGGGGAGUAUUUUGGCUCGUUGGGAGUCGACACCUGGAAGCCAGAGAAGUGGCAGGAGGAAAUCAACAAUCACGAGGUUUUGGUGAUGACCCCACAAAUUCUAGUGGAUCUUUUAACCCACGGAAUAAUCAAAUUAGAGGUCAUCGAACUCUUAAUUUUCGAUGAGUGCCACCAUGCUCAUAAGAAGCAUGCUUACUGCAAGAUCAUGGACAGGUAUAGAGAUGUACCAGAAAGCUGUAGGCCUAAAGUGUUCGGCAUGACAGCUUCCCCUGUCAUUCGAAAAGGAGUAAGCUCCGGUGCAGACUGCGAGCUGCAGCUUGGACGGCUAGAACAGAAGCUUGAUGCGAAGGUAUUUGCUGUUAAAGAUAGAUCAGAGUUGGAGUCCUUCGUUCCGACACCACUUACACAAGGAAUUGACUUCGACACUCCGACCGUAGAUGUUGAAGAGUACAAAUUAAAGCUUCAAGCUAUUGCAGAAAAGUAUCAACAGUUCGGGAAGGCAAGACAUGGAGGGAAUGACGAACAGUUUAAAGAUUAUGAGGAACUGAGCAAAAAGUUACAGAAGAGUAUCAAUCGGUUCUACAAUGCACUUGUCUACUGUCUUGUGGAACUAGGUCUCUGGUGUGCGCACAAGGCCGCGGAACUUCUUUUGAAGAACGACUUCAAAGAUAUACUCUCGGAGCCCGAUAUGGAUGUUGUCGCUAUCUUGAAGAGUGCGAAGGACAACUUUCUGAAGGAGGCCAUAGAUGUCUUGAAGUCUCCGCUUCCUAAGGAUCCCUUUAGUACGGACCAGGAAAUGGAUAAAGCAGUGAUACUGGGUCAGCUCACGCCCAAAGUCAAGAAGUUGGUUGAUGUUCUCGUGAAAUACAGGGAGGUGAAGGAUAUGCGCUGCAUUGUAUUCGUUGACAGAGUGGUCGGGGCACUCGUUCUAUCCAAUUUAAUAAAUAGUAUAAAGAUUUUAGCUUUCCUCCGCUGCGAGUAUCUUGCUGGUAUCAACGGUGCUCUUGACGCCCCAACACGCACUUUCCAAGAUCAAGUCAUUCUGAAUUUUCGAACGGGCAAGCUCAACCUUUUGGUAGCUACAAACGUUGCUGAAGAAGGUCUCGAUGUACAAGGCUGUCAUUCCGUUGUUCGUUUCGACAUCUGUAAAACUGUCCGUAGCUAUAUUCAGUCUCGUGGACGAGCAAGGAGGCCUGGUUCCGAUUACAUUGUGUUUAUGGAAAAGGGAAAUGACAAGCAGAAGGAGGAGUUCAAAGCAAUAGUGCAAAGUGAAUCUAAAAUGAUAGAAUCUGCUCUAGAUAGAGCAGGUGAUCAGGUUACCCAGAUCAAGCCUCCAACAGUUGUACCUGUCGAAGUUUUUCGUGUUCAAAGCACAGGGGCAUCUUUGACUACAGAUUCCAGCAUCGCUUUCAUCUACCGAUUUUGCUCGAAGUUACCUGGAGACAAGUAUUAUACCCCAAGACCCGAGUUUAUUUUUAGCGAAGAAGCGGACAAGAUGCACAUUUGCACUCUGAAGCUGCCACCGAAUGCUACAAUUCACGAGUUAGUUGGACCUAAAAGGAAAACAGCAGUGCUAGCAAAGCAAGUGGUUUGCCUUGAAGCUUGUAGGAUGCUGCACACCCUGGGUGCUAUCACUGACCAUCUUCUUCCCGUCAUCGAUGAUGGCAAAGUGGAGGAGGAAGAUAUAAUGAACCUAAAAACGUUGAAGAACCGCGGAGCAGGUACAACCAAGCAGAAAGAGCUCCAUGGCACAGUAGUCGCUACAAAACUGAGAGGAUCCUGGGGUACCACAGAUAAAGGGCACACGUUUCAUGCGUACAGUCUUAUCUUCUCUCCUGAGGAACAUGAAACAAUCGUUUAUGCCAAUUUCGCAUUUCUAGUUGAGACCAAACUGGACGAUGAUGUGGCAAGACUCGAAGUGGAAUUAGCAUUGAAGGCAGGAAAGAUGGGAAGAGCGAAAUUUUAUCCUGCUGGUGAAGUUGCCCUUACAAGAGAGCAGAUCAAAGACUGCAAGGAUAGCCAGGAACUUUUUUUCAAUGGAAUGUUCAGUAAGCUUGUAACUCGAGCUAGCAAAGGAGUCGCACUUGAACCAAGCAAAGGACUCGUCACCCUUACACCCCACAAGUCUUUGGUGAUUGCCACCGAUGAGGAUAGAUCGCGUAUAUGGGACCAGAACAAGAUGUAUCUUCUCUUGCCCCUUCUUCACACCUUAGAUGGGGUAAAAGUGGCUGAUGCUAUUUCUUCAUCAGCUAUAUAUGCUCAACCAGAUAUCGACUGGGAAUGUGUAAGCAGAACUGCAGAAGCCGCUCGAUCAUUCAGGUCGAUUUACACGCCUGCUGUAGGCAAUUCUACAAGCAUAUCUGAGGAGGGUUUGGAGAUUCAACCCCCUACGACCUCCCCACAAGUGGAAAACGGGAAUCUCAAGAUGGCCUUUGGAGUAACUGCAAGGGUUUCCAAAAUAGUCGAUACCGUUGUCCUAACGGUUCACACAGGGAUGCUCUACUGCAUAACAAAAGUUUUACAUAAUAGGACUGCCAAGUGUCCCUUUCCAGAGAGCAAUGAAAACGAAGACCAGAAAUUCAGCUCUUACGGUGAUUACUUUCGACAGAAGCAUAAACAGAUCUUGCUCUAUGCUGAGCAGCCCAUGCUGCAAGCCAAACAAACUCAUCGUCCGCGUAAUCUUCUCGCCAGGAAUUCUGUCAAUGGGUCGGGUAAAGGGAAGAAGAAAUCCAAGGGUAACUCUGAAGAAUCAGAAAAUUGCUACAUUGAACUUCCUCCAGAGCUCUGUAUCGUCUUAGGAGUCUCUGAUGCUGUUGUGCGAUCAGCUUAUCUCCUUCCUUCAGUUAUGCAUAGGCUCGAUGCUGCUCUGGCAGCUAGUCAGCUGCGAGAGAUGAUAACAAAGGACUUUCCACACCCGGUUAUCCCAGUCAUGCGGAUUGUGGAGUCUUUGACAACACUGAGAUGCCUGGAGGAAUUUUCUCUUGAGGGUUUGGAGCUCCUGGGGGAUUCAUUCUUGAAAUAUGCCUGGAGCAAAAGUUUGUUUCUCACGCAUCAUGAGAAACAUGAGGGUCAAUUAUCUGCCAGACGUUGUCGCGAAAUCUGCAAUGCAAAACUUCACGACUUGGCAUUAAGGCGUGACCUGCCUCAAUAUAUCCGCGACGAGGUCUUCGAUCCAAGCCGCUGGGUUCCUCCAGGAAUGCAUUGCCCCAAAAUACUUCUUUGUCGCUGUGAUUUGAAAAACCUCAAUCACGAUCAGACAGAAGAUGCAGAAGAUGACGAGAAACCGAAGCAAAUCCAAAAGGUUGUGAAGAUUGGUAAAAGUUGUGCCAAUGGUCAUCGUUGGUUAUGCUCCAAGACCAUCUCUGAUGUCGUGGAAGCACUCAUCGGUGCCUACCUAGUGGAUAGCGAUGAUUCUGGAGCUCUAAAUUUCAUGACCUGGGUAGGGAUGGAGGUCAAAGUAGAGCAGGCAUUGGUAGAUAGAGCCAAGGGCUACACAGCCUGUGAUCCUACAGUCAACGUUGGUGCUGACUUAAAAGGGCUUGAAGUUCGUUUGAAUUACUCUUUUAUCAACAAGGCACUACUAGUGGAAGCCAUAACUCAUGCUUCUCAUCAAGAGCUCAAAGGAGGCUUUUGUUAUCAGAGGCUGGAGUUUCUAGGAGACGCUGUGCUGGACUAUCUCAUCACAAGACAUCUGUACUUUUCACAUCCUGGUUUGACUCCUGGCCGGUUGACGGACCUUCGCUCAGCUGCGGUGAACAACGAGUGCUUUGCUCGCAUUGCAGUGAAACAUUGCCUGAACAAAUACCUGAGGCACGGAUCUGGUUUUCUCCUUAAGCAAAUUGAGGAGUUCGUGCAAAUCAUUGAGCAGUCCGGUGAAAUCCAAAAGACCUCAUCGUUUGGCUGGGAUGGAGUGAAAGGACCGAAGGUUCUGGGAGAUCUGGUCGAGAGCAUAGCUGGAGCUAUUCUUGUGGACACAGGCUUCGACUUGGAAACAGUGUGGGUUGUCAUGAAGCCUUUACUUAGUCCAAUUGUCACCCCGGAGACUCUUCCUCUCCAUCCUGUCCGAGAGCUGCAAGAACUAUGCCAUCUCAAAGACUACAGUGUGGUAUUAAAUGUGGAGCAAGAGAAUAAAAUGUCUCGGGUUACCAUUGACGUUAGUAUCGGAGACAAGACUCUAUCUGCCACUUCAUGUCAAAUGCAGAAGAAGACUGCGCAGAAGGAUGCUGCACAGCAAAUGCUUGCUCUACUUAAGAUUGAAGGUAUAUGGCACCCCUGGAAAGCCACAGUGGUUGAAUGUCCUCAUACUCCAGCGAAAGUGGUGGAGCAACCAUUUGUGCCUCCUGGUUAUAAGCGAAAGCUUGACAAGAUACGUGAGGCAGAGACUCGUGAGGAGAAGAAAGUGAAAGUCACGUUUGAAGCUCCACAGGAUUUGAAUUUUGUAAAUCCUCAAGAAAACGUCAACAUGUCCUGUAGUGCCGUUCUGCUCUGCUCAGAUGAACAUCGGAAAGAGAUAGAAUCGGAAGGUCAAACGGUUGUAGUACCUGCCUGACCGGGCUCUCUCGUUCUAUUGGAGAGUUUCUACGGCAGGAAUUUGUCAAAAGUGGGUUUAAGGAGCCGUGACAAUUUUGUAGAUAUUGUCUCUUUGCUCCCAGGGAAUAUUCAGGCAAUGAGCUAAGAGUUGUGACAAGGAUGGCCAAUCCAAUUCUCACUUUUAACAACUUGUAUCUAGAGGAAUAUUUAGUGCUUCGAGAAAAUCAGAACAGUAGACGUUUGAGAGGUGAGGAGUCCUCAUUACCCACUAGUCCUUUACAGCUCUCAAGAGCUCAAACUCCCCCACUCACCUACUGUAAUGUACAUAUUAAUCACGAACAAUACACAAAGUUUUACACCG